AUGGAGCCAGAAUCCUUAAAGUUACUAUACAUUCAUGGAAAUGGAGACAUUUUGGUAGAUUAUAAGCAGCGUCUCUUACAUUUAUUCUAUGCGCUACCUAGUUUUCUUCGACACAAACUAGAUGUAUUAGUAUGCCCAACUUCACCAAUACCUGCUCCAUGGGAUGAUAGUCCAUCGUAUGUAACUAAUUGUGUAUUGCCGUUUACAUGUUUAUACAAUUUGCUUGGUUGUCCAGCUGGUACUUUAUCUGUGGGACGCGUUGAAAAGUGUGAUUUGCAAGUAUGUGACAAUAUCUCCAAUGAUCAUUUCAAAGUUUCUCCACAUAAUAUGAUGUUCUCUGAACAGCAUAAAGGUUCGGAAGGUUUGCCGAUUGGUGUACAAGUUAUCGCAAAACCAUGGAAUGAUGAAUUAGCACUUGGGCUACUCUCCAGAUUACAAUCAAUUCUAACUUGA